AUGCUUCUGGUGGAGACCCAGCUAAGGAACAGGCUGCAAUUCUCCAGCGGGGAGGGGGGAGAGAGAAAGCCUGGGUGGCACCUGGCUCUGAGAGAGGAGAUCCCAAACCUCCCACCCCAUGCUGGUACCCAGGGGGAAGAGCAAGCAUCGCCCUCAGAGCUGCUCUCACCAUCCAAGCUAGGACCUACACACACGGGAAGCACCGGAAUGGGCGAGUUACCAGGACCUGUAACAGAAAAGCUACAGAUUUCCCCCAAAUUGGAUUUGGAACAUCCUCUAACAGCUCACGCUCCCGCCACCAAGUAUUACACAGCCCUGGUCACGGGAGACCUGCAAAGCCUCGAGGUGCUGACUGACCAGUACUAUCAGGAUGUGAACCUGGUUUUUGAGAUCAGUAAAGAUGAGCUGGAGUGGCAGGUGAAAAGCCAAGCAUCUUAUGGACUCUCAGGGCUGUGGUCGCUGGAGUACAAACGGGAGCUGAGCACCCCGCUGUGCCUCGCCGCCCGCCGCGGCCACGCCGCCGUCCUGCGCCACCUCCUCCGCCGUCGGGCAGACCCCGACCUGGCGCCGGGCGGCCUCGGGCCCCUGCACGAAGCCUGUCUCGGGGCUCACACGGAGUGCGCCGCGCUGCUGCUGCAGCACAGGGCUGACCCCAACCUGCGGAGCGACCAGGGGCUGGCCCCGCUGCACCUCUGCACCACGCGGGACUCGCUGGGAUGUGCCAAGCUCCUCCUGAGACACGGAGCCACCGUCAACCUGCCGAGUGAGGACAGAGGGGAGACAGCUCUGCAUGUGGCAGCCAGGCACUGCCUCUGCGACCAUGCCUGGCUCUACCUGCGCCACGGGGCACAGGUGGAUGCGCUCAGCACGCAGGAGGAGACAGCGCUCAACAUCCUCUGUGGGCAGGCGCCGAGCGCCGAGGGAUCCCUGCAGCUCUGCCGGCUCCUGGCUGCCCACGGUGCCGAUGUGGAUGCCCGGGAUGAGGCACGGAGGAGCCCCUUGCACAAAGCAUGUGGGGCUGCCAACGCCGGCCUGGCACGUUUCCUCCUGCAGCAUAGGGCUGAUGUCAACGCCAUUGACUACAAUGGCAUGUCCCCGCUGGGCUGUGUGCUGCAGGGCGCUGCCUUCAAACGGGACCUGCGGCCCCACGUCGUCGUCCAACUGCUGCUCAACCACGGCUCCCAGAAGAUAUGGCCCCCCGCCUUCGCCAAGGUGCUGAAGUCUUGCGCAGCCGUGCCGGAGGUCAUCGAAGUCCUCUUCAAUUCCUACUCGCAAAUUCCCAUCUCCAGGAAGUGGGCUGAGGCCGUGCCGGAGGAGGUGCUUCAGCAGCACCAGCUAUUCUACGAGUCCCUUUUCCGGCUGGCGGGCACAGUCCGGUGCCUGCAGCAUUUGUGCCGCUCCGCCAUUCGGGACAAGUUUGGCAGCAAAUGCCAUUGCCUUAUCCCUCUGUUGCCUGUGCCCAAGCCGCUGCGUGAUUACCUGCUGCUGGAGCCUGAAGGAGUCGUGCUUUGAAGGGCUGAGAGGAGCCGGCUGAGGUCCACCAUCCAGCCCUCCCUCGGUGUAGCGCAUCCGCAUCCAUUUCUGUCAUCCUGGUGGAGGAGCAGCGCAUCCCGUGAUAGAUGGUUGUUUGUCAGGGAUUUAUAACGUAACUAAAAGGUGCUUUCGGCUGUAACUUUGUAUAGAUUUUUUUUCUUCCCCUAAUUGUGCUUUAAAUAGAUUAUAAAGAGUAAUAAAAUGAUUAGUAGCUGUUACAA